GAAAGGCUUGAACGAGAAAGACUUGAGCGGCUCGAAAGAGAGAGGAAAGAGAAGGAGGAACGUGAAAAGCAGGAAAAGGAGCAAGCUGAACGCGAAAGAGUUAGGCGAGAAAAUGAACGACUGGAACAAGAACGGAGGGAACGGGAAAGGAAGGAGAAGGAACGCGAGGAAAAAGAGCGCAAGGAAAAGGAGCAGCAAGAGAGGGAACGUGAAGAGCGACGGGAGCGGGAACGAGAAGAACGAAAACGAGAACGGGAACAUGAGGAGAAGAUGCGGAAAGAGAAGGAGGAGGAGAAAUUGCGGAAAGAGAAGGAGGAGGAGAAAUUGCGGCGCGAAAUGAGGAAACAAAAGGAAAAAGAAAGGAGCAGCAACAGCGAGAAGAAAUCGAAGGAAAUGAACGACCGAAGUGAAGGAGGUAUUGAGCGAAAAGAGCGCACGAAAAAUUCGGACGUGGAUAAGUCAGAGAGUCUUCCCAACGAAAGAAAAGACAGUGCUGCCCGCUUGGAUGGACUCCGAGGUGAAAUAACGUUGAGGGGUCUUGAUCGAUCAAAACUCAAACAACUCGUUGAAAUUGGAAGACGAGCUGGUCGAUUGAAAGAAGAUUAUAAGGAGGACGGCAAAGAAGCAAGUGCUAAGGACGAAAAGCGGAAGGAGAAGAAAGAGAAGGAAAAGGAGCGGGAGAAGAAAUCCAAGGAUAAGUUAUCUGUAGAAGAUGCCUUGCGGAAGGGUGCCAGGCUGCCCAGUGCAAAAAGUAGCCCUUGUCUGCCACGUGCAGGAAGUUCACAAUCGCAUGAGGAAGCAUCGCAUUCUCGCCCUUCAUCUGCUAUAAGCAACCACCCACCAAGGAGUGGAUUU